AUGGCUGCUGUCGUUAAUGGCGUUCCCGUCGCUAUACCGCCACCCGAAGGCUACAAGGUCGACUUUGAUAACCCGCAGCGGAACAGUGUUACUGCAGCAUACUGGAUUUAUGGCACUAACGUGCUCGAGCGUCUAGGGGAUUUUAUCCGCGGUAUAAUGGGCACCCACGGCUGGGAGAUGCCAAUAACCAAGUUCGCCCAGUUCGCACGAGCCCUCUACCUCCUACCCAUCCUCUACAACCCCGUCCAAUGCGGCGCAAAGAUGGCUUUGCUUCUCGUCUACCGUAGGCUUGCACCACAAAAGUGGUUUCAUAUCACAAUCUGGGCUACGUCAUUUGUGGUGAUUGGCUCCUCAAUUGCGAUUACGUUUACGACAAUCUUCCCGUGCAAACCUGUAAGAGCAGGCUGGGACAUCACAAUCACCGAUAAGAAGUGCAUCGAUCGACCAGCUGUUUACCAGGCUACGGCUAUAAUGGGUGCGGUUACAGAUGCUAUGGUGCUUGCGGUGCCGAUACCUGUUGUUAUACCACUGCAGAUUUCGAGAAGGCAAAAGAUUGGGUUGAUUUGCUUCUUUGGUGUUGGUGGGGUGUAA